AUGCUUUUGUCUAAAUCAUCGGAUACACACUCGAGUAAUAAAUCCAUACCCAAGAUUGACUUUAGUCUCUACACCACGGACGAUGGCACUGUUGUCAGCACAAAGGAGAGAGUGAUCAAAGAGGUGCCGGCUCCAGCAGUCUAUCUGCCCACAGAGGAACAGUUUUGGAGCGAAGAGAGAGCAGGCCUUCCAAAUAUACACUUUUUAAAAGAUCAUUUUUAUCGCGAAGGCAGAGUAACCGAGAGUCAAGCAUUGUUCAUCUUGGAAAAGGGAAAAGAGCUGCUAAAGUCUGAAAGAAAUUUACUAGAGAUUCCUGCGCCCAUUACAGUAUGUGGUGAUAUUCAUGGGCAGUACUAUGAUUUGAUGAAGCUGUUUGAAGUGGGAGGAGACCCUUCAAAUACGACAUAUUUGUUUUUGGGAGAUUAUGUGGAUAGAGGCUACUUUUCUAUUGAGUGUGUUUUGUAUCUCUGGAGUUUGAAAAUGUGGUAUCCAAACACCUUCUUUUUGCUGCGAGGAAACCAUGAGUGCAGACAUUUGACCAGCCAUUUUACUUUCAAGAUUGAGUGCAGACAUAAGUAUUCUGAAAAGGUCUAUGAAGCAUGCAUGGACACAUUUAAUGCACUGCCUUUGGGUGCUCUGAUGAACAAUCAAUUUCUGUGUAUUCAUGGCGGCUUGUCCCCACAGCUAGUGACAUUGGCAGAUUUUGAAAAGAUUGAUCGGUUUAGAGAACCCCCCACACAUGGCAUCAUGUGCGAUUUGCUAUGGGCUGAUCCAAUUGAAGAAUUUGGCGAGGAAACGACAACCGAGCUAUUCGUAGAUAACCGAGUUAGAGGCUGCUCUUACUUUUAUACAUAUCCCGCUGUCUGUGCAUUCCUAGCAAGAAACAACCUACUGUCCAUCAUCCGAGCACACGAAGCUCAAGAUGCUGGGUAUCGCAUGUACAGACGAAACAACACAACCGCAUUCCCUGCUGUGAUGACUAUAUUCUCAGCACCCAACUACUUGGAUAUGUACAACAACAAGGCUGCCAUCCUCAAAUACGAAGACAAUGUGAUGAAUAUCAGACAGUUCAAUGCAACACCUCAUCCCUACUGGCUUCCUAACUUUAUGAAUGUGGUUGACUGGAGUUUACCGUUUGUUGGCGAGAAAGUAACCAACAUGCUGCUUGCUAUUCUCAGUAUUUGUACAAAGGAGGAACUGCUCGCAGAGGACAAUGCAGCACAUAAUGGAAAAGAACAUGAUCAGCAAGAACUGGAUGAAGUAGAACAGCGCAAGAUUGUGAUCCGCAACAAGAUCUUGGCCAUUGGCAAGAUUUCAAGAGUCUAUUCUGUGUUACGCGAGAACUCUGAGCGCAUUACUGAACUGAAAUCACUCUCACCCAGCGGGAAAUUGCCUCUAGGCACAUUGGCAUUAGGUGCAGAGGGAAUCAAAUCAGCUAUUACGUCAUUUGAGGAAGCCAAGCGAGCCGAUCUCGAGAAUGAAAGAUUGCCUCCUUCUGGAGAAGAGGUGGAUCAGCUAUAUCAAAAGGAAACCAACGAGAAAAUACGCCAUGCUGUUGAGGAAGAAGACGGUCAGUUGAACCAUAUAGCAAAUGUCAUUGUCAGCGAUAUUUAA